AUGUCCACGCAGAGCACUUUCGGUCAUGUGCAGGCCGAGCACGCAGUGAGGUACCCGGUUCGUAUACUAUUAUGGCUCAAAGAACGGCGUGCUAUAAAAGACCUGGAUUUGAGCGGUCUCACCCCACGAUUUACAACUUUCCCAUCUUCUACUAUCCAUACUACACCUCGAACGAUGAUGCAAGCCGGAGAUAAAACAAUCGAUGACAUCGUCAACGAUAAUGCAGGUCGACUUGUCGACGUCAUGCAUGGGCUGGGCUACUAUGAGAUGCUCGAUGUCCCUGUAGACAAUAAUAACACAAUAAAGGCUCAGUUUGAACGCAGCGUAGUCCUCAAGACUAUUGAGCGCGCCUAUGCGGCCCGCAACAAUCUCAUUCUUGGGAAAACAGUCAAUCAAACAGUUGGAUACCCCCAUGAGUUCAAAAACAAUGAAAAUUUGAGAUUUAGGGCGUACCAUCCCGAUGACCACGGAGAACUCUUUAUAUUCCCUAUCUAUGCGUCCAAUUUUGGCGAGCGUUACUUUGAGCGCCAGAAAAUCAUUCAAUACCCUGGAGUAUUUCGGGUUGUCUACACCCAAAAAGAUGACAGGAUCUAUUUACAAGGUGUGAUAGCACACGGACCAGGCUCUGGCUCCUAUACUCUCUGCAAGCAAUUCGAUUCCAGAUACAAUCUCAAAACGAAAAAGCUGGAUUGA